CUUGGGAGGUUAGUCUGGCAAAGAAAGUGGUAACGUUAUCAUCACGAGCGGUGGACAUCCUGGAUAUCGGAAUUUCGUUACUGAGCACCAUUUCACUGAACAUUAAAAAAAAUAAGACGAUUAGUUCGAUCUGCAGAUCGCGAGGAAGAAGUGCGCGGGAAAACUAGUUUUUAAUUCGGAUGUUUUGCACCGCCAAGUGAAAGAACCAUAAAGUAUGAAUAAUCAAGGCUAAUUGCUAGCAGUUCCGCAAUGGGAUUAAACUGAUAUGUAGUGUGAUAAGUUUGAGUGUGUAAAAACGCGGUUGAACAUGAAAUAAUUGAAUUAUUAACGUCAAUAGCAGCAGUAAUUGCCAAGUGAAACGUCAAAAGCGAAGAGAAAUGGUGUGAACCAUUUGAACUGGAACCACGCAGCCGCAGAUAAUUGAACCACACAACUGAAUUCACGCUAAGCCAACCACAGCAGCAGCAACCAUGGGUUAUCGACUGUUAAUGUUCGCGCUGUGUUUCAUAUGUACCACUCUGGCGUUGGAAGUUUCAAACCAUAACGGAUUAGAAUCCAAAGAUGACAUUACCAACACCGCUAGACCGCUACUCGAGGACGAGGAUUUGCCGAAACUACGCCGCCAAAAACGUCACGAUAUUGAAAUUCAUCGAGUCAUCAAGCGACGCCCCAAACUUCCUCCGUUGCCCCCUCCACGCCGGAAACCACGCCCGCCGAGGAGACCACCAAAGCCAAAAGUGAAAUAUGGACCACCGAACGUCAACUUCCCGCCAUUAACGCACUAUAAUCCACAGAGCUAUGAUGAAUCGUUCAGUACAAGCUAUGAAACUUCGUUCUCCGAUCAUAACUCGUUCGCUGAGCCACCGGUAAGCUACGGAAGCCCAAUACAUCCAUCACCAGCAUUUGGGUCACCGCCAUUCGCAUAUGGCCAAGGUACGACUUCCUACCAAGGGUCAACCUUCGGAAGACCAAGCUUUGAGAGUACAAGCUUCGAAGGAUUUGGCAAACCCUCGCUAAGUUCCUCCAACUUGGACGCAUUUGAUCCCUCGAAAUUCCCAGGAUUAAUCGACAGUCCAUCGCAAAGUUAUUCGACUAGCAAAAUACCUUCAUUUGGUGGGCAUUCCUCGCAAAUCUCAUUCACUAAUAGUAAACUACCUUCCUACCAAUCCUCAUCAUCGUUCUUCGGAGAUGGGUCCAGUUUCACCUCUAACAAAGAUUUGAUCAGCCAUACACGACUCACCGACACUGAAGCUCAUAAGCAUCAGUUUCCACUGGAAGGAUUUAAACCGAAUCCGUUCAGAACACCAUUAACCUCCUAUGAAGUUCCUAUAACGCAUACUAAAUCAAACUUGUUCGAACCCACGAAAGAUUUCGAUUUAUCUUCAUACAAGAAAAUUCCCAAUACUUAUUCAACCAGUAGUAUAUCCUCAACACACAGUUCAUCGCCUAGUUCAACUGAUGAGGACGAUGAUGAAUACUAUCCGAGCCUACCGAAUCGCUAUGAGCAGGAUCAGUUCCACACUCCUUCAAAACCAAACCCAAACAAACCAUUAAGUAGCUCAGUUCAAACCAUUAACGACAACGACCCAUUCUCAAAUCUGAACUCGUACUACGAUGACGUAUCUGAGUCACAGAAGAUUUCUGUCAAAACUAAAACCAAACAUUCGGAGCCAACGAUAGAUAGUUUUUCCAUUGAGGACCUGUACUCCCCUACGCCAUCUACUGCCAAACGCAACAAACCACGCAGGAAAAAGAAACCUAAACCGAUCUCGGCUCCAACACCGCAUAAUCUCGAUACUGACGACUUGCGCGACGCCUACGGUUCCAGCUCCGACUUUCACCAGGUCGCGAUCGAUGCUGACGAGUUCCUCGAGUUUGAACCUCAAAAACAAAUGAAGCACUCGAGGCCUAUUGGAGUGAAGCUGGGUCGAGACGAAGAUAAAAACCCAUCAAAUUUCGUCCUUCUUUCAUCGCAGAAUACGAACUCAGAAAGCAAAAAAACUGUCAACCACAAGCAAGGGAUUAACAAUCCGAAUUUUUCUCGUAAAACACCUCCUCAGCUCUACACAGAAUAUAAGCCUAUUAACAUAGAUCUUCUGAAGUCGGUUGAGGGAAACCGAAAGCCAGCAGCUGAAACACCAACCGGACUAGAGGACGUCAAUAUACUUUCCAUACAGAAAUCGAACUCAAAAACGUACUACGCCGGAAACAACGGAAAAGAGCCACUACUUUACAACGGGUUCAUCCCAACUAGACGAAACGGAGCAUACUAUCGGGUUGCGAACCUAGACUACGAAACACUGGACAGGGAUGACGAAAGUUACGACGAGGUCCCUGCGGCGGAAACUUUUGGUGGUAAACUGUCGAAUACUAGGGUUAAAAAAGAAUUGGUUGCCAAAUAGAACAGUUGAGACCGCGCCGCGAAUCCACCAGUGUCGAGGCGCCCUUGACAGUUUUUGCAGUAUUGUCUUGUUCAAAGAUUUCUUAGGUAGGACUGAGUUAUUAUUUAUUGUUGUUGAAUAAAAAAAAACAAAUUUC